GCUUGUUGGACGCGAAGCUGAAUAGUUCUCGGCAUACGCUUAGAUAAUGGCUUUGAGUGUUGAUAAAGAAAUCGAAUGGUUGAGCAAUACAAUUUUGCCAGAGAUUCUAAAAAAUGGGCGCCUGAUUGAUAAUUACAGCGAAACGCAGCUGGCUAGCUUCAAGGUAGGGGAUGUUACAAUCGCCGUAAUCGGACCGGAGGAAGCCUUCAUGCUGACUCAAUGCUAUCGAGCAACAAUUGAUUUUGAGUACGCCGGCGAUCAGCAUCAGCGAAAAUUUGUUGUUAAGAAAACGCCAGUGAUUCCAACCGAAGCCUACAACGAAGCGCAAUUUGAUAAUUUAUUUCACAACGAAAUUUGUUUCUAUACGGAUAUAUUGCCCAUUAUUCAGAAGCUAAGCGAUAACAAGUUUGCUGCGCCCACGUAUUAUUAUAGCGAGAUCAAAGUGGAUUCGGCUGUGAUCAUUUUGGGUGACUUCGCAUCGGAUGGAUGGAGUGUGGCCAAGGCUAGGUUUGGUUUGAGUCUGGAGCAUGCCCGCAUUGCUGUUAAAUAUCUGGGCAGAUUUCAUGGAUUUGGCUAUGCCCUGAAGCACAAUCAUCCGCAACGUUUCGAAGAGCUCUCCAGCAGUUUUCAAGAAUCACGUUAUGCCCAUGAUAACAUCAGUCCCGAGUGGGAUUUAAUAACAAAAGUUGGACUGCAGCGUGCUGCUAAAUCAACUCGCACUUACCAACCAGAAGUGGACCAAGAGUUUAUCAAAAAGUUUCAUCAAUUAGUGUACAACUCUGUGGGCUAUGGACGUCAGCGUGUGGCACCUAGGGAACCGCUCUCCACGCUCUGCCACGGCGACUAUUUGAGGAACAAUGUGGCCUACAAGUAUGAUACGGACACCAGUGGAACUCCUUUGGAUAUUAUGAUGUUCGACUAUCAGACAAUGAGAUUAUCCUCACCCAUGAUUGAUUUAUCUGUAUUCCUGGCCAAUUCUCUACUGGCAGAUGUGCGUUAUCCAAAUUUCGACACUAUUUUUGAUGAUUAUUGCGAGGCGCUGUUUGAGAGCUAUACGAAGCAAUCAAAUGAGCAGCUUCCAGCGUUCUUCAAUCGCGAGACCUUGCUGCAGGAGUACAUACGCUUCUUGCCAUAUUCGUUAGGCAUUUCGGCAUCCUUUCUGCCGUGGCUAGUUGAUCCGCCACAGUUAACGACCACUGAAAUGUUUAAUACACCAAAAUCCGAAGAGGAAAUGAUACAAGAAUCUAUGACAUUGGGUGGUGAAAUAGUCGAUCGCGAAAUCGCCCACCAAAUGAAGGAAAUGUUUGAGCUAAGUAUCUCGCAUAAUGUUCAAAUUGAUGAUGAUAUUGAUAACAGUGAAUGGAUUAAUAGUGUUAAGUUAACAUAGAUAACAAUCCACAAUAAGCUUACUCAUUGUGAAUGAGCAACAAUAAGUAUUGCCAGAUGCAAUGACUUUUAGUUUUUAGAAUAAUUUGUUAGUAUUGCUUAAUGGUGAUAGCUAAAAAAAUUUGUGAACAUGUAUAUA